UGGUAAUGCAAGCGACUGCACUUCGGACUUCUAACAUAACAAGUUCAGUACAGUAUUACAAAGUAAUAUUGGACUCCGAAUAUUGUCGGGAAUUCAGGUUGUAGUAGUGUCACCAUGGCAACAGAGGGCGACCCCUCAGACUUGGUGAAAGUGUUCCACCUCCUGGUGCUCUCCCUCACCUGGGGAAUGCAGAUCUGGGUCUCCUUCAUUGCAGGUUUUGCGUUGGUGUGGCAGGUGACUCGGCACACCUUUGGUCUGGUGCAGAGUAAACUCAUACCGGUGUAUUUCCAUUGCCUGCUGGGAAGCCACUUUAUCAGUCUGGUUAUUUAUGCCGUGUAUCAUCCAAGAGAGCUGUUGGACACACAUGAAACAGUACAGAUGGCUCUAUAUUUUGUGGCUCUGAUCACGGCGGGUGUCAACGCCCGGUGGUUUGGCCCGGCAGCCUCCGAGGUCAUGUUGCAGAUGUGGGAAGUGGAGAAGGAGCACGGCCUCGGUAACCAGGUGGGCAUGGGCAGCCAGAAGGAAGGUUACGCCAAGCUGAAAGAGCUGGACCCCAAGUACAGAGCCUGCAGGAAAAAAUUUGGCCGCUACCACGGCUUGUCCAGCCUCUGCAACCUGAUCGGAGUCUUGUGCAUCACAGCUAAUCUGAUCUAUACGGCUUUGAAUCUAACCACCAUUUAGACAAGGUGAGGUGUCUUCAGUUCAAGUACACAGUAGUACCUCAACUUUUGAGCAUAUUGGUUCUGUGACGGCGCUCUGAUCUCAAAACACUUCUAUCUCAAAUCAACGUCUCUAUUUAAACAAAUUUAAAUCAACUUUCAUCCAAUCAGUUUUUGCCUUGAAAAUCAACUUGUACCUUGAAAAUCAGUUUUUACCUUGAAAAUCAGUUUUUGCCUUGAAAAUCAAUUUUUGCCUUGAAAAUCAGAUAUUGUGUCAGCUUUGUAUUAUAGUAGACAUUUGGUAAUGUAAUGCAGGGAUUCUUAACCUUUUUGACCUCAGGGCCCAACUUUUCCACUACAUAGGGGCAUGGAGCCCACUCAAAUACUAACGCGGAAUUAGCAAUUUUUCUCUAGAUUUUUUUUUUUUUUUUUUUUAUGUACUUUUUAUUGACGUCCAGCAUCAGACAUUCCUAUCCAUUACAUCAUAUUUGCAUACAUCAUGUAUCUAUUGUCUGCCCUAAAUACCAAAAUAAUAUUAUUUUUGUUUAUAUCUCAACGAUGCCACCCCGCCCCCCAAAAGAAAAAAAGAGAAAAACAGCAAAAAAAAACAAAAAACAAACCAAAGUAAUAAUAAUAUUAACAAAUUAAUUAAUUUAAAAAAAAGAAGAAUAUAUAUAUAUAUAAUAAUGAUAAAACAUAUAAUAAUAUAAACAGAUAGUAAAUAAAUAAAUAGAAACUAAAAAAACUAUAAACAUAUAGGGAGUUAUCUUUUUUACACAGUACAAUUACUAAUUCGAGAAAAUAAAAUCAGAUUUAAGGGGAGUGACAUAAUUGACCCAGUUUUCCCAGUAUGAAGUACAUUUCUCCAAUUUAUAAUGAAUAAAAGCCGUUCUCUUCUCCAUUUUAUAAAUGUCCAUUGUUAUUUCCAUCCAUAGCUUCAAAGUUGGACUCUCCUGUAAUACCCAUUUCCUGGUAAUGGUCUUUUUACAAGCCACGAGCAGGAUAUUCAUUAAGUGUUUAUCUUUUCUCAGCGAGUCCUGAGGCACAUGUCCGAAAAACAGAGUCUUACUUUCAAGGGGUACUUCACAUUUGAAAAUAUCCUGUAGAGCUUGGUGUAUCUCUUUCCAAUAGUCCUUUGUGGCAGAGCAGUCCCAGAAAACAUGGUAGUGGUUUGCUUUCUCUUGAUUUUAAUGGUAUUCAAUUAUGAUAUCUAACCUACUUAGAGUUUAUAACCUUGUCAAAUGAUAUGAAAGCAUAUGUUAAUGACAAAGAUUAUUAUUCAUUUAACACAUAAACCUUAGGCUUCGGUCAGGCUGAUUGGAAAAAUAAGUACUAACCAAAUGUACUACAUAUGAGUGACUCGUAAAUAACGAUUACAAUUAUAUAGUGCUAAAAUAAAUAAACCAAAUUGAUGAUAUAUGAUAUUAAUACACAUAUUUUUCAACUAAACUGUCUAUAAAAUAAGUGCAUAUGAAAAUACAGCUUCAACCUUUUAGUCGUAAUUUUUGCGCUUCGGAGACUUCUGUUUGUUUGAUAUUGUCAUGACUGCCACAAGUGGUGGGAAAGUGUAUUACAGCUGAGUACCGCAUAUGGACCUCAGCGAUGUAAUGUAAUUAAUAGUGAUGUGUGGAUCGAUACUGAAAUAUCGACACUGCUCUCAUAUCGAUCCUCCAAUCAAAGUAUUGAUACUUUUGAUACUUUAGUUCAGGCCGGGUUGUCCAUACUUUUUCAAACAAAGGCCGCAUACUGAAAAGUCAUAGUAUGCGGGGGUCAUAUUGAUAUAUUUUUUUAUCUAAAAAAAAAAAAAAUGCUAAAAACUAUAGUGUCAAUUAUGCAUUAUAUGUGACUAAGUAUAUUUUUAUUAUUAAUUAUUAGUUAGAACUUUUCAGCUUUUUCCCAUUACAUACUGAUUUUUUUGCUAUUUUUUUCCUACAUUUUGCUGUUUUUAAUCCCAUGUAAAAAUACAAUAAUAAAAAUAAUAUUAAUAAUAAGAUUGUGUAACUGCAUCACCAAGUGUGUCAAAAAAAUUCUGCCCGUAUGAAAAUAUUAAUGUUCAGUUACACAUUUAACAGUGUUUAUUAUGGUUGUUUUAAUAUAUCAAAUUAAUUCAUAACUUGGUACCAUUUUAUUUUUCAAUUAACUAACUAAACCUUGUUAUUUAGGCAUAUUUCAUUUUUAUUUUGAGAGCUUUUAAUAUUUUACAUUAGAGGUGUCAAUGGCGGGGGAUAUAUUGAUAUUUAAAAAAAAUGCUAAAAACAGAUAUUGUGUCAGCUUUGUAUUAUAGGUGACUAAGUAUACUAUUGUUAAUUAUUAGUUAGAACAUUUCAGCUUUUUCUUAUUACAUACCGAUUUUUUUGCCCUUUUUUCUUAUAUUUUUAUUAGUGGGUUUUUUCCCCUCGUAAGAAUAAAAUAAUAAUAAUAUUACGAUUGUGUAACGGCAUGACCUAGUGGGCCUGUACAAAAAUGUUAAUGUUCAGUUUCAUAUUUAACAGUGUUUAUUAUUGUUGUUAUCAUUUUUCUAAUUAUUCAUUCUUAAAUUAGUAUUAUCUUAUUUUUUAAUUAACUAAACUUUGCUUAUAUUUUAUUUUUUAUUUUGAAAGCUUCUAAUAUUUUAGAUGAGGGGUGUCUAAACUUUCUCCAACAAAGGCCACAUACUGAAAAGUCAAGUAUGGGGGCGCCAUUUUGAUACGUUUUAUUUCUUUACUUUUUAUAUUAUAUGUAUUGAAACACAAAACAUUGUGUUAUAGGUGAUAAAGUAAAAUAUUAUUAGUUUUUUUAAAUCUGGUUUUCCUCAUUACACUCUGAUUUUUUGCUCUUUUUUUUUAUUUUUACUGUCGUUUUAUUAAAUAGAUAUGUUAAUAUUUGAAAACACAUAACUCUUUUAAUUUUAGCAGACACAUUAGGGAUAUUUGCACAGAGUAUCGAAUUGGUAUUGCCGAUACCAGCCUGAAUUUGACUCUGUAUCAAAUCGGAAAGUGGUAUCGCACAUCACUCGUAACGAACAUU